AUUGAUUGAUUGAUUGAUUGAUUGAUUGAUUGAUUGAUUGAUUGAUUGAUUGAUUGAUUGAUUGAUUGAUUGUGUGGCAUUGCUGUACACAAGAGUCAUGGUGUAGGGCGUGUUACGAACGGCCUGCAAAGGUACCGACCUACAAAAUUGUCACAGCCAGCCGCAGCUGCGGGGGUGGCGAUAUUCGAAGAACCAGACCUUGGAACGCAUCCGGCCCGCUUCGAUGACUCGCUCUGGGAAAACAACAAUACGCCGCGUCCCCAAGCGAGCGCCGCCGCUAUGACUAAACGCGGUCGGCGGACCAAGUAUUGUUAUUGGAUUUGCGGUGGCCGUCACGGCUUGUUUGAAACGGUGGAACUCCUGGGAGAAGAUGUCUUGCGGCUGUCUCACGGGGCUUAGAAGUCAUGGACAGACGCGGCGGCCGUUGUCUGUGGAGUCAACACUUGGAUGAAGAGGCGCCCGCUCGGGGCAAGACCCGUAUCUGCGAAAACCCUCUCACCUUGGUCUGGUCAGUGAAACCUGUGCGGAAGUGAAUGAGUGAACCCUCCCCGUCAAAGGCGGGUCGGCUACGAUGGCUUCGAACGCUCCGAAUUGGUAGCAGGUUGAGCGGCUGCUUUCCCUCACCUAGGCAUCUAGGAAGGAUAUAGUGUAUUUAAGGAGCCGUUGGCGGCUCCUCAGUGUGCAUUCCUCUUUCAGUCAUGUUAGACUGGUGAACUGUAACGUUCUCAUGUAGAUACAGUAAAUAAAUCCCAUAUUCCUCGUUCUCGAUAAGAACAAGUCUCUCCCUUAAACAACGUCAUCAGCGUGCAUAAGUUGGACGACGGCAUGGGCCAGCUACCAUCUAUUUCAUGCCCGACUCCAACCAUCACAGGCGAUGGCAUCAAACAUUUAUUCGUUAUAACCGCUUAUAGAACCGCCCCACCACAAAGAGAAGCGAGUAUUCCGAAAGCUCUCGGUGUCGAUCAGAGCAUUCUUGCCCUGAAAUCAGAUUUACGCACUCAGAUUGGUGCUCGCGUUACUGCGAGUGCUUUAACGGUUACGCCUGGGCAGCCGUCUGAAAUUUGAAAUUUUAGCUGCUUUAGCAUUAUUCGUGGUUAUUACGCGCAUUCAACGAGAGUUUCAGAUCAAGUAACGCACAGUGUUGCAUAUCUUUCGUCUCUUCAAGUUUAUAUGAGACUCGCCAGCCUCGUCAGAGCUUCUGAGUUACUUCCUUCGCCCUUCGCACCCGACCUUUGAACUUUUCUCUGGCGCGAGCAAUCGAUCUUGAUAAAUCUCGCGAAACUUUACCGCAUUCUUUCCGUUAUAGUAUACGCUGCGGCUAUGCAAAAUCGACUCUCUUCGAGAUCAGCUCUGCCGCUGACGUUUCCCUUUUCCUUUUUUUUACUUUUCCUUUUUUCUUUUUUUUUUCUACAAAUUCCUUCCACGGUUUCCCGCAGGCCACAUGAGAUCCGCCUACAUGAACGCUCCAAAGCAAAUCUGUUAUCUGGCGAUCUCCCGUUUCUCGACUACGGCUUUAUCAACAACGCAAGACUGAACGCCGAGAGCCGCCCACAUGUUGCGAGCAGAAAGUGGCCUUUCCCACUGCCUGCGCCCACCUGUAUAAAGAUGAAAAAAAAGAGGAAUAAAUGAACUAAGAUGGAGAAUAGCAGGGCUAUGUAAUUUAGAAGCCAGCGCACUCUCGAAAACAAGAACAGCUAAUGGCAAAGGGCGAUAAUCUAAUAACGCUCACUACGUUAGUGCGCAUAAGCCUUUACUUCGCGCACCCCGCCUUAUGCGUAUCAGUAUAGCUUAGUUCCUUCGGGUGGGAGUCAUAAUUCAAUACCAACGCUUUCAAUUGGAUUCCACCGAAUGAAGCUGGCUAAAAUGGGCGAGAAUUUCGGGACAAAUAAUAGGUUAGCAAAAGGAUUCACAAGAUUUUCAACGUGACGGCCUUCGCACGUGUCCGGGCAACAUAAGUUCGCGUUGUAAUUUGCGCCUAUAGCCUACUGCCAAGUUUGUUCGUUCGUCGUUAAAAUGUUGGAGCCCACGACCUUUACAUUUGGUUGAGUGAAGGCUGUACCACGUGAGCUAAACACUGUGAAUGUACUUCGUUAUCGAUGAGAUCACAUGAAAACAAUUGAAAAUAUAUAUUGUGCACAAAAUGGAACGAAAUUGCGUAUGGAAAAAUACGGAAGCGGGGCUUGGAGUAAAGCUUAUGGUUGAAUAUAAUAAUGCUGCUGAUAAAAGCUUAUUACCAAAUUUCCUGCGUGUCUUCUGCUAAUCCUACUUUCCUAAUUGCUUCUGUCAGCUUUAUGCUUGAACGUUCUUGUGUUGCCGGAUAUUAUUACACCGAGUGAUCCAGAAAUUAAUCCUGUGAUACUGGCCUAUUGUUUUUGAUUUGUUAUAGCGGAAGUGUCUGAAGAAGUCAGUUAUAUCCUGUCACCUUGUUUGUGUAAAAGCUAUUACGUUUCAGAAGUAUCGCAGCAAGGCGGUAUUUAAAGAGACGUUAAUGUGCUUCUGCGCCUGCAAGCACAUUGCAAGACUGCCCACUAAUAGCAUUCAAGAAAUUUCUAGAGAACGUUUGCACUGUUCCGUAGCAUUGAUGGAUGCGCAGGGGCUAUACGAUUUUCUCUACGAAGAUCUAAGCCAAGUGUUUUGUUCUCCAUAUAGUUGUUUUUCAUUUAUACUGCCUGUUUUUUAUGUUUUGGCCUAUCGUCGCCAAAAAAUUGUAUAAAUGCUCGCAAAGUUUCUUUAUCACUUCAACGAUAAACAACACGUCUAAAAAUAACUGAACGGGCUUUAUUUCUGCCUUAGCCUAAUGUAUAGUACAGGACUGCUGUAGCAGGCUUUACUAUUCACGAGCGUCUCCAAGUGUUGCUACGUGCUAACCAAGCGCAUUUAUGCAGGCGGCUCUGAUUCGGAGAAAGGAUGGCAGAAACGUCUUCUUCGGUGGCGGAAGCCUCAUCACGGACAAGUUUGUGCUGACGUGCGGUCACUGUCUCGCAAGGGAGUCGAUGCAAAACAUCACCGUGUGGCUGGGCCUGCAUCGGAUGUCGUUCCCGUCGCUCUUCCAGUGGCGCUCGCGGCCGUGCGCCUUCUUCAUCCACCCGCAGUUCGACGAGGCGACGCUGGUGAACGACAUCGCGCUGCUGCGCCUCAAGGACCGCGUGCCCCUCUGGAGGCUGGGCGGAUACGUGAACACCAUCUGCCUGCCGCCGCGGGGAUUCCGACCGGAAGGGUUCGCCCUGGUCAGCGGCUGGGGCUACACGUCUGAAAAUGGUCCCACCUCCGACGUGCUGCAGGUCGUGGAGCUGCCACUGGUAAACCUAACCCUGUGUAAGCAGCUCAUCAGAUUCCUCGUGGAAGACACAAAUAUCUGCGCUGGAUUUCUUGAAGGCGGGAAGGACGCCUGCACGGGCGACUCCGGUGGACCGUUGUUCCAGAUCAUCAAUGACGUUGCCGUGCAGAUCGGCGUUGUGUCCUGGGGCCGAAGCUGUGCAGUGCCAAACUCGCCGGGCGUCUACACCGACGUUCAACCGUACCUGCCGUGGAUCGAGCGCGUCCUUCGAUACAACAGCACAGCGCUGCCCAGUCGUCGACCUCGCACACGGACAUCCACGUUCGCUGCCCGACGCCGCGAAUCGUGGAACCGCAGGACUCCGGCCGUAAGGCGACGGCUUCCAGUGAGCGGGCGUCCGUCGCCUCCCCGAUACGGCGCCACUAGCGUCACUGCAUCGAAUGCGAUUAUUCAUUGGACGCACCACACUACUGUGUGA